UCCGGGCCGUGCGGCAUAUGAUCUGUACUGUAGCCGCUCCGCGUUGCACGUUGCUAGUUAGUUGCAAUGUUGUAGCUAUUAGCACGAUAGCCGUUCCUGCGCUGGGAGGGAGACUCGCCGUUCACUUUGACAAACCUACGGCAAACUUUGGUUCAUUCACAGUCUGUCCACUUGCUAACCACCAGAAAUUAAUCAACAGACCUCUAGUUAGCUUGUAGUCUUGUCUUCCUGCUAGCCCGCUAGCUUACCCAGCUUGCUAGCUAGCUAGCCACUAGCGUUGUACCGUCUCCUCCCUCAGUGACAACCGUCUGCAGCCCGGGUGGAGGACCAUGGCGAUGAGACAAACUCCUCUCACCUGUUCCGGUCACACCCGGCCUGUGGUGGACCUGGCCUUCAGUGGAAUCACUCCUUAUGGCUACUUCCUCAUCAGCGCCUGCAAGGAUGGCAAGCCCAUGUUGCGCCAGGGAGACACAGGGGACUGGAUAGGAACGUUUCUGGGUCACAAAGGCGCUGUCUGGGGAGCCACUCUGAACACAGACGCCACCAAGGCAGCCACUGCUGCUGCAGACUUCACAGCAAAGGUGUGGGAUGCAGUGAGCGGAGACGAGGUCCUUUCACUGGCUCACAAACACAUUGUCAAGACCGUCAGCUUUACUCAGGACAGUAAUUGUCUGUUGACUGGCGGAAAUGAUAAGCUGCUGCGCAUAUAUGAUCUCAGCAACCCUGAGGCAGCACCACAGGAGAUUGCAGGUCACACCUCAGCCAUUAAAAAAGCUCUGUGGUGCAACAAUGACAAGCAGAUUCUCUCAGCUGCUGAGGACAAAACCAUACGGUUGUGGAAUAGAAGUUCCAUGGAGGAGGUGAAGACGCUGACAUUUGACACGUCAGUGAGCAGCAUGGAGUAUGUGGCUGAUGGAGAAACUCUUGUGAUCACAUAUGGAAAGACGAUUGCUUUCUACAAUGCUUUGAGCUUGGACCUUAUCAAGACCGUGGAGGCCCCGGCUCCUAUCAACUCAGCCUCCCUCCAUCCAGAGAAAGACUUCUUUGUUGCCGGUGGAGACGACUUCAAACUCUACAAAUUUGACUAUAGCACUAAGGAAGAGCUGGAGUCCUAUAAGGGUCAUUUUGGCCCUGUACACUGUGUUCGCUUCAGUCCAGAUGGGGAGCUGUAUGCCAGUGGCUCUGAGGACGGCACACUCCGGCUGUGGCAGACGGCGGUGGGGAAAACCUAUGGCCUGUGGAAGUGUGUCCUUCCUGAGGACCUUGGGGCAGAGAACUCUGAGCAGCUGUACACCUCGACCCCUGAGAUCAAAGCCUGAGGACAUAGUGCUACUGUUUGGAAACCAGAUGAGAAAAAAGGAAGAGGUAAAGGAGAUGAGCAGAGGGGUGUUCCGGUGUCUUCUAUCAGGCCCAGCAAGGAGCAGAGUCCAGAGCAUCUCUAUCCAUCAGAAAAUGAUGUGGAUAUUAUGACUGUCCUGUCAUAGACCAACGAUUUCACACACCCACACAUCACACACUGAUUUACAGUCAUAUGGACAGUAUGGGCUGCAGAGUAAAGCAGUAGAGCUGUGAGUGUCAUUGCUGCCUGCUUUCUCUCUGAUCAGCCCGGUUCUGUCUGCUUAAACUUAUUUUAACUUCCCUCUACGCCGUGAACCCCAAACUACAUGAUACUAUAAUGAGUUUUGGUUUCAAAAUUAAGGUGUUUAAUGAGCUGGACCAACGCAUUUGUUUUCAGUUCAUAGUUACAAGGAUACUGGAGGUAGUUGCACAGUUUGUGCUAAAGUUAAGGCGCCUUCAUUUCUUCAAAAAAAAAAAAAAAGAAACAUUGCUUUGAGUAUUUGCUUGUGUUGUACUGGUUGAGUAUAUGAAGUUAUGUGUCCAAAUAAAAGAAAAUAUUGUUUUGUGACAAAGUGGACAGGAAGAAAUGUCACUGGGUUUUUCCAAUUUGGUUAUUGUCUUCAUUUGUGUCCAGUGAUGAAAUAAAUGCAUUGCAGUUUUAUUUGUAAGUAAUGCACAAAGACA